CUCGUUUGCUUGCAGAGAGAAGGGAGAAGAAGGAAGGGGGCUCAAAUCGCAGACACACUCACAGAAACAGCGAGAGGGAGGGAGGGAGAGAGAGAGAGAGAGAGAGAGAGAGAGAGAGAGAGGGACGAAGAUCUUCUGCUUCUUCUUCACCGUCUUCACUGAAGUCUACAGAUCCGGGGAACUCGAAGGAAGGCACCAUAGGUUCCGUGGUCGAUUCCCCCUCCCGGGCCCUGUACAGAAUGUCGGGUCGCCAUGAAAAGGAGAAGGGCGUCAACGUCCAGGUCCUUCUCCGCUGCAGGCCCUUCAGCGAGGAUGAGAAGCGAAACUGCGCGCCUGAAGUGGUCAGGUGCCGUGAGUAUCAGAGAGAAGUUUCGGUUUCACAGAACAUUGCGGGGAAGCAGAUAGAUCGCAUUUUCACAUUUGAUAAGGUGUUUGGUCCCACUGCACAGCAGAAGGAUCUCUACGAUCAAGCAGUAGUUCCAAUCGUGAAUGAAGUUCUUGAAGGGUUUAACUGUACGAUCUUUGCAUAUGGUCAGACUGGUACAGGGAAAACCUAUACCAUGGAAGGGGAAUGCAAAAGAUCAAAGAGUGGACCCAAUGGAGAAUUACCUCCAGAUGCUGGGGUGAUACCUCGGGCAGUGCAGCAGAUUUUCGACACCCUUGAAAGCCAGAAUGCUGAAUAUAGUGUGAAAGUUACAUUCAUAGAGCUCUAUAACGAAGAAAUCACCGAUUUGCUAGCUCCAGAAGAACUUUCUAAAGUUGCUGUGGAGGAUAAGCAGAAGAAGCAGUUGCCCUUGAUGGAAGAUGGGAAAGGUGGAGUUCUCAUCAGAGGUAUAGAAGAGGAAAUUGUGACGAGUGCAAGUGAAAUUUUCACUUUGCUUGAGAGAGGAUCAUCAAAGCGUCGUACAGCUGAAACAUUGUUAAAUAAACAGUCGAGUCGGUCGCACUCCCUAUUUUCAAUUACGAUUCAUAUCAAGGAAGCAACCCCGGAAGGUGAAGAACUUAUCAAGUGUGGCAAGUUGAACUUGGUUGACUUAGCUGGUUCAGAAAAUAUAUCCCGGUCUGGUGCCAGGGAGGGUCGUGCAAGAGAGGCUGGAGAAAUCAAUAAGAGUCUACUGACUCUAGGACGUGUUAUAAAUGCUCUUGUGGAGCAUCUGGGGCAUGUUCCUUACAGAGAUAGCAAGUUGACCCGUUUACUUCGGGAUUCUCUUGGAGGAAGAACUAAAACCUGCAUCAUUGCAACUGUGUCACCAGCAGUUCAUUGUCUGGAGGAGACCUUGAGUACACUUGAUUAUGCUCAUAGAGCAAAGAACAUAAAGAACAAGCCUGAGAUCAAUCAAAAGAUGAUGAAAUCAACUCUUAUCAAAGAUCUUUAUGGUGAAAUCGAACGCCUUAAAGCUGAGGUUUAUGCUGCGAGGGAGAAAAAUGGAGUGUACAUACCAAAGGAGAGAUACUAUCAGGAGGAAGGUGAAAGGAAGGCCAUGGCAGACCAAAUUGAACAGAUGGGAAUUACAAUCGAAACCCAUCAGAAGCAACUGGAAGAAGUGCAAGACAAAUAUGAUGCUCAGGUUCGAGAAUGCUCUAACUUGAGCAGUAAGCUUGAUGCCACUGAGAGAAAUUUGGAGAAAACUUGUAAACAACUAGCCAACACCCAGGAUGAUCUGAGGAAUUGCCAGUAUGCUGUUAAAGAAAGGGACUUCAUAAUUUCUGAGCAGAGAAAAGCAGAAAAUGCUCUGACUCAUCAGGCAUGCGUCUUGAGAGCUGAUUUGGAGAAAUCUCUGCAGGAUAAUGCUCUAUUAUUUUCUAAAAUUGCCAGGGAAGACAAACUGAACGCUGAUAACAGAUCAGUUGUAGACAAUUACAUGUCUGAGCUAGCGCAGCAGGUUGCUUCUCUCUGUGAUACGGUCAAUGGGUCGGUUUCUAAGCAAAGUGAACACCUUAACUGCGUGGAGAAACUCUGUCAUUCCUUUCAACAUGCCCAUGAAACUGACGUUGGUAAUAUGAAGAAGAAAAUCGCAGCAUCAAGGGCUAUGUUUGUGUCUCACAUAGAGGCAGUGCAAAAUGUUGUCCAUUUACACAAGGCAAGCUGCAAUGCAGGAUUGGACAAUAUCUCAUCUCUGGCUUCUUCAAAUGCACUCUCCUUAGCAGAAUUUUUGACAUUAAAAGAUAAUGAAGUGAAGUCGAUAUUCGAUGAUCUUCAAAGCACACUUUCAACCCAAGCAGGAGAAAUGGCAAUCUUUGCCAGAGAUCUGCGGCAGAGAUUUAAUGAUAGCAUUGAGAGCACAAAGGGGAUUUCUGAGUUCGCUGAUGGGUUCUUCCGUAAUCUUCUUGAGGAAUUGAAAAAGCUCGAAAACCAUGCAGUGAAUAUUGAUGACAUUCAGAUGAAGAGCAUCACGGACUUUCAAAAGGCUUACGAAGAGGAGUCAAAAUCUGAGGAAGAGAAGCUUAUAGCUGAUGUGACUACCUUAGUGUGUAGUCAUAUGCGUCGUCAGAAAGAGAAGGUGAAUGCAAGACUCACAAACCUCCGAGAAACUGCCAUUGAGAACAAAAUGUUUUUGGAUGGGCAUGUUACCUCAAUGGAAGGGUUCACAACAGACGCCAAGAGGAAGUGGCAGGCAUUCGCCAUGCAAGCAGAGAACGAUGCCAAAGACAGUGCCCAUUAUUCUGCAGCUAAACAUUGUCGUAUGGAGUUACUGUUACAGCAAAGUGUGAGCACAGCGGAAUCUGUCUUUGAAACAUGGAGAGGCACCCGAGGAGCAGUAAAUGACAUGGGAACCAAACAUGUUUCUACUAUGACAUCACUAAUCAGGGAUAUAUCUGACUCUAAUGAGCAACAUGAUCUCGAGGUCAGUGCUGCCCGAGAUGCAGCUGAGGAAGAUGUGGCCAAAUGCACUGGCGAGAUCAUUCAGCAUGUUGAUCAAGAGUCAGAGCAGAAGCUUGGAAUCGUAUCAGGAAUCGUUGAUACAGUGAAAGAGCACACCAGAUCUUUGGAGGUAUUCCGGGAAGAUCAGUCGGUCGGAGCUUCAUCUAUUAAGGUCAAAGCAGAAGAGACCUUCCACCAGAGAUAUAUGGAUUACGAGCCAAGUGGAACCACACCGGUGCGAUCCGAGCCUGAGGUACCGACAAAGGGAACCAUCGAGUCGCUCCGAGCCAUGCCUAUGGAUGCUCUACUGGAGGAGUUCCGGGAAAACAACUCCUAUGAGUCGUUCGAGGCGAAGGAACUGAAGCCGUCCCUUAUCCCACGCUCACCUCUGACGCAGCUCAAUUAACGACAGAACUGUCUUGUGGGAUGAUGGAGAGAAAACAUGGAGCUGUACUGCCUUGGUGUAUACUAAUUAUUUUGAUUCGGCAAUGGUUAGCAGGCAGGGGUAGGGCCGGAGGUAAUAGAAGAGGUGGGUGGAUAUGAAUAAAUCCCUCAUCGGGAUUUAGCAACUCAGUUUCGUUGUAUGUGGAGAAGAUUGAGCAGCGUAGGCUUCUUGCCUAUGCUUUAGUUUUUGUUGCCUAAGGACAUGAUCUGUGAGGUUGUUCUACUAUGUAAUGUAACAUUUUUUUUUUCCCGGUUCAAGUGAAGAAGAUUACUACAGUUUAUGGUUGA